AUGUCCGGCACACCAGACAAAUACGCCCGCCAGGCACUCGACCGGCUCGACAUCCUGCAGUCACACUUGACAAACGUUCCCGCCCCAGCCGGCAGACUAACAAAGCUCUCUCGGUCUCUUCAAGGCAAGAAAGCAAUUGUCACGGGAGCCGCAUCCGGUAUGGGUCGCGAAACCGCGAAGAUCCUUGCAGACGAAGGCGUUCAAGUCGCUGUCCUGGACCUCACGGACGCAGGAGUGACAGUCGUGGUUGACGAGAUCAACAAAGUCCACCCUGGUCGAGCUCAGGGGUGGACCUGUGAUGUCGCGGAUCGGCAGCGCAUCAAGGCUGUUUGCAAGGAAGUGAUUGAGUCUUUUGGUGGUCAGCUGGAUAUCCUGAUCAACAAUGCGGGCAUCUCACUCGGUGGCGGUGCAUUUGAUGAUGACGAGUCCUUCGAGACGCGAUGGGACAAGACUGUCGCCGUCAAUCUGAACGCGCUCGUCAUCUUUAUUCGUGCAUGCGUUCCUGCAAUGCUAAAGAGCGAGGCCGCGCGGAUCGUCAACAUUGCGAGCACGGAGCACUUCGUCACGGGACCAGCGAACGCUGCGUACAGUGCCACAAAGAGUGCUGUCACUGGCCUGACAAGGAGCAUGGCGGUUGAGCUGGGCAAGUAUCAGAACAUCACGGUAAACACCGUCUGUCCGGGGCCUAUCAUUACAGGCAUGACGGCGCGGAUUCCGCCGGAGUUGAAGGAGAGCUAUGCGAAGAGACGGGUGCCGAUGAGGAGGUAUGCAGAUCCCGAAGAGGUCGCGCAGGUCACAGUCAGUAUUUGCCUGCCGGCUUCGUCGUAUUUGCAUGGGGCAACGAUACCUGUGGACGGCGGAAUGACUAUCAGACAUACAUGA